ACAUAUCCAGUAGAUUUUCACCAGAAUGCGAGAAUUGCUAGCUACAACUCGACCACUACUACUCAACGGUUCUCGUUGGGGGAAUCAUUUUUACAUGAAACUCGUAUCUCUAGGAGAAACGACGCAAGUAAAAAUCACCGCACAAUCCAUUACCAGAGGACUUUUGCUAGGCCCCGCGAUCUUUUGAUAGUCGCAAGAUGUUUACUGCGUCUAGCCCACUGCUAAAGUAUUUAUGACAUAAAUAACUAAUAGUAUGACGAGAAUCUUGAAUGUAAACUAGGCCGGGUGUCUUGAGUGAUACUUUUCGUGUAUGAUUGUGUUGUAGCGUGCCUUUUAAUUCAACCGGGCCUUCUCAAAUCACGGCUUAGCAGUUUUCCUCCAAUCAUAAAUGUCCGAGCAGUUUGGUUGUUCUGAUGUCUCACCUGGUCAGACUCGACUCACUCGACAUUCCUGCCUCGGAUCACUAUAAAGGGAUUGAUUGGCGGCACGGCUGGUCAGGCGACAUAAUCUUUAACACGGACCCCUUUCAAAUUCACGGACACGGGUAGAUCUAUCGCAUCUCGCAGGUACUUGAACCCCAAAAUAGAAUGCAUUGAUGCGCCACCAUUUCUGGCCCCUCCGGCUCGGUCCAUCAUGUCAAUGCCCCGAGACAACC